AUGAGUAUGGGUACAAUGAUUUUAUACUUCAAUAUCAGCACUGAAUCUGCAAAUACAUUUUUUUCACCUGAGAAUGGCACUGAUGUUUUAAAUCAUAUCAUUGACCCCUUACCAAGGUUUACAGGCACUGCUUUUGUGAUCCUCAUAGUAUCGUUGGCUGCAAUGGUACUUAUAACAAUAGUGGGAAAUGGCUUUGUCUUCCUAGUAUUUAUUGUGGAUAAAAGACUCCGUACCCAUAGUAACUUCUUCCUGCUCAAUUUAGCUGUAUGUGACUUUUUUGUUGGGGCAUUCUCUGUUCCAGUCUACACUCCCUAUUUGUUAACUGGAAGAUGGCCAUUUGGAAGGGUAUUCUGCAAAUUAUGGCUUGUUAUAGACUCACUUCUCUGUGUGGCUUCAGUAUUCAACAUAGUCUUAAUUAGCUAUGAUCGAUUCCUGUCUGUCACAAAAGCUGUUGCAUACCGUGCACAGCAGCAAUUUCUUACCCAGUCAUUUGUUAAAAUGAUAGCUGUAUGGGUUUUGUCAUUCUUUUGCUAUGGUCCAGCCAUCAUCCUGUGGGACUAUAUCACUGGAAUAAGUAUUGUACCUCCUUGGGAAUGUUUCUUUGAAUAUCACACAUCAUGGAAUUUUCUAAUUGGAGAUUCUGCUUGCACUUUUCUGGUGCCUUUUUGCAGUGUAACAUACUUCAAUAUAUGCAUCUACUGGAAUAUUAGAAAUAGGAGAAAUCAGUGUAUAGCAGACAUCACUAGUAAGGACAAACACAGAGAACUGCCUUCCAAAGAUGGUAAUAAAAAAUCAUACUCCAUUCUUGCUGCAUUAAAAAAAAAAUUUCUGAGCAACCAAGUACACUCUCCAAGCUUAGCAGGACCCAAAACUACUAAGUGUUCAUAUUUUCAGAUCUUGCUGUACAUGUGCUGCAAAAAGAUAAAAACAGAUGCAGCCAGCAUCCAUUUUUCACACUCUAUGGACAAUGCUGAUAUAAAGUCACAGAGCAUCAGUCCUGAUACCCGAUUAUCACGAGAUAAAAAAAUUGCAAAGUCACUUGCUGUACUGGUGUGUGUUUUUACUAUUUGCUGGGCUCCUUACAAGUUGCUGAUGUUGUUUCGUUCUGUCUUUAAAGGACAGUUUGUAAAUGAUUAUUGGUAUGAACUCUCAUUUUGGUUACUGUGGCUUAAUUCAACAAUCAACCCAUUUCUUUAUCCAUUAUGCCAUAGCAGCUUCAAAAGGGCUUUUGUGAAGCUUUUUUCAUUGCGUCAAUAA